AGUUAGAAAUGUGAAAGGGGGAAAAUGCAUUGCAAUUUGUUGAGGUAUAAAGGAGAAUGCAAAAAAUUUGCUUCAAAUCAAUCGCAACAAGAUUUAUGGUCUUUCCCUUUUACCCUUUUUUCUUCUCAUCUUCUACACAACCAACUCCCUAAUUCAGACCAAAUAUCUUCAUAAUUACGUUUCACCAUCCAUUAAUUUGCAAAACAACCCAAAAUUAACUUAAAAACUCCUCAACCAUCUUCAUAAAUCUCUCCGAUUUCUUGCAUUUUCCGCCUCUUGAACUGGCAAUGUUGAAUCGAGCACACAGAAAGCAAACGGGGUUGUGAUAGCUGAGCAAACGAAAACCCUAAAAGCAUCCACAAUUAUGGAAGAACCUCAAGAAGUUCAUACUGAUGAGAAUAGAGCUCUUCCUGAGAAGAAACAGAAGAGAAUUGUCAAGACACCAGCUCAAGUUGCAGCACUAGAGAAUUUCUAUAAUGAACAUAAAUAUCCAACAGAGGGAAUGAAACAAGAACUUGCAGACUCAAUAGGAUUAACAGAAAAGCAAGUUUCAGGGUGGUUUUGUCACCGAAGAUUAAAAGACAAAAAAUCACCAAAUGAUGAAAUCCUGCCACCUGGCAAUGGCAAACAAGAUCGAUCAAGUGGUGUCAUACAGGAUCGUGGCAGUGGCCUACGACAAGAUUCCUGUGGAAGCACCAAACAAGGGGACAACAAACACUCUGAUCCUAAAGAAGUUGAAAGCAGAAGAUUCACAACUCAAAACAUUCUUCCAUUACAAAUUCAACACAACAAUAUUAUCAUGGAUCAUCAUCAUCAUGAUGUUGAUCGUGAUGAUCAUGAUGGUAAUGAUGAUGAUGAUGAUGAUGAUACGUCUUCUGGAAGCAGCUCCCCGUUGAAGGAUAGCUUCCACCCGCAAAAUGUCGUAGGGGCAAUAACGUCAAAAUACCCAAGUCAUGAUUUUAAAAGUGUGAGGGGUAGGGGUGGCCCAUCGGGGUAUUUAAAGGUGAAAGGUCAAGUUGAAAAUGCUGCAAUUACAGCUGUCAAGAGGCAAUUGGGCAGACAGUAUAGAGAGGAUGGCCCACCACUUGGUAUUGAAUUUGAGGCCCUUCCUCCUGGUGCUUUUGAGAAUCCGGUCAAAAUUCCGGUCAACCAAUCCUACUAUGUUGGUGACCGCAGUGCAAGUGCGCUUCAUUCAUCGGAUGGUUCUAGAACAUUUCAACCUCCUAAUGCAAGCAAGAUGUAUGAAAGAUACAAUCCAAAGAGCUACAAUUCCAUGGAUUUGGAUAAUUCACCUUUAGACAUAAGGCAUGCAUCCAAACAUCGUGAAAAACACUUUGACAACCAAUGUAAUAAUCAUAAUAAUAAGCAAACACCUCAUUUUUCCAAAAAUAGACAUUCUCAAUCGAUGGAAGUAAAUGAUGAUUCUGCUGAAGAAACUUCAAUUCAUGACAUGCGGGACCACUUUGAGACAAGAAUAAAACAUGUUCAUGGUCAUGGUCCAGGUGUAAGGAGACAACAAGAUUCUGUAUCUGUAUCCAAUCGUCAUCUGAUUGGCUAUGGGAAAAACAUUAACCACAAUAUCAGGCCUCCACCAAAAGUCAACUAUAGAGAUCGUGUUGAAUCUUUGACUUCUGAUUUGACUGUUAAACGUGGUGAAUUUCUUGAAUUGGAGGACAGGGGGAUGUCUAGGAAGAUACCUAAGGAUGAAGAAUUCGAUGGAGAAAGAAGAGGAAUAGAUGAAUACUCCAAAUUGGUUUCUGCAAGAAUUCAUCCGGGAAAUGAAAUGAAAGUUACUAAGAGAAGUAGGGAAGAGUUUCUACAUCAAAUAUAUCCAAGGAAAGAGGCGGUGAUUGACAUGCCUCCAAGAACCAUCAUGACCAGGCCUCCUCCUGCACAAAUGACAUCUAGUUUUAGUGACGAUGAAACUGCAGAAACCACUUCUUCAGCCGAUUAAGAAAAUUGACAAAGAUUUUAUGUUGUGAAAGCAAAAUCUAGUUGUUUAAUAGUGUUGGAAUUGUAAGCAUGAUUCAUAACUUAAGGUUUUAAGUUGCAAACAAAUUUAUUGCAUUGCUUAACCUUUUCUUUUAAAGUUGUAUAUAUAAACAGUUUUUGUCAAAAAUAUAUUUGAUGGAACAAGUCGAUUUCUGCU